UAUAUUAACGCGUCACAUGACUUAAGCUUGUUGCUGCUGCAGCUCGAGAUUGUGAUUUUUGAUUGGAGGUGGAACGUUAUGCUGCAAAUAUCAGUACCUAUUGUAAUUAAAGGUUGGCAAUGCCUCUGAUUUUGAGUUAGCUAGUUUCUAAACGGGAAAUAAUCCAUUAAAUCUGCAGAAACAGAGGGUUAAACUCUUGCCUAAAAAUUAAACGGAGCUGAUAGAAACUGAAUGAGAGAGUGAGCUGAGCGGACUGGCCUGGACUGGUGUGAGUGGUGCGCCCUUCCCGUGGCGGCUCGGCCCCGAGACCCGACUCAUCGUGCACCGCUUCUCGGCCGACCAAAACGCCUCAUCGUCACCGAACAAUGCAUUGCUCACCAUCCGUUACGUAAGAUCUAAGAAUAGACUUGCGAUUGCAACAUAUGCUGUGUAAUUUGAAAUAAAGAGCAAAGAACACUCUUGUCUUGGAACUGAUUACCUCAAAACAAUUGAAAUGGCGAGUGGUCCCAAAGUAUCAGUUGAUAUGCUUUCACGAUACAAGGCUGCCAUGGUUUUGAGUGGCGUCGGCGAUGCCAUGGGAUACAAGUCUGGUGAUUGGGAAUUCACCUUUGUCGGCGCAGAUAUUCAUAAGGAGGUAAAGGAAUUGGGAGGCGUGUCCAAGCUUUAUGUGAAAUUACCUGCUUUUCCUGUAAGUGAUGACACAGUGCUACAUUUAGCCACAGCAAGAGCUCUUCUGAGUGGGAAGCCAAUCGGUGACAAGCUUUACCUGGAGUUUGCAGCCGAGUACAGGAAAGGUGUGCGUGAUAUGAAGGGCAGAGCUCCAGGGAACACAACUACCUACGCCAUCAGUCGGUUCAACUUGGCCAAGCCAGAUGGCUACAUCGGUCCAUUCAACAAGAGAGGAGGAGGUUGCGGGGCUGCCAUGAGAGCUAUGUGCAUUGGUCUUCGUUACCCCAGGCCUGACCAGCUCCAGGACCUUAUCAUGGUAAGUGUGGAAUCUGGACGCAUGACCCACAACUGCCCCACCGGUUACCUUGGAUCCUUUGCCACCGCUCUCUUCACAUCCUACGCCAUCCAGGGUGUCCAAGUCAUUUCCUGGGGGCGGAGACUCGUCGCGGAACUCCCCAAAGUCCUGGACUAUGUCCGAUCUGUAGGCCGUGAUGUCAAGGAGAACAAAGAGGCAUGGCCGUACUUCACGGAUAAGUGGACAUCUUAUCUCCAGGAGAGGGGCAUUGAUGGGGACGAUGCCACCAAAGCACGAUUCCCAGAAAAAUAUGAUGUCGUCGAGAGGGAUGCCUUCUACAAGAGUCUCAGCUUCAGGGGAUGGGGAGGAUCAAGCGGACAUGAUGCACCCAUGAUUGCGUACGAUGCCUUACUUGGCUGUGAGUGGUCUUGGGAGAAGCUAUGCCUGGCAGGUAUGCUACAUGGGGGUGAUAACGACUCAACCGGUGUGAUGGCAGGCUGCUGGUGGGGCGCCAUCUGUGGCAUGGAUCAAGUGCCAAAAUGCAACUUCAAGAACCUUGAAUACAGAUCUCAGCUGGAAGAAUUAGGAGAAAAACUCUACCAUGUCGCUGAAGAAGAAAGGAAAGCAACCGAAAGCCAAGCAUCUGAGAGCGAAGUGACAAAAGAUUCAAGUUAAUCCAUGACAUUGGAUUUGGAUGACAGAGUUUUACGACCAUGACGACGGGCCCAAAAGUCUCUUCCAAAAUCAACUAACGUCGUAAAUAAGCGUUCGCGUUCUCCAACGAAAGUCGGGAAUGACACAUAACUCCACAACCGUAAGUCGCUUUUCAACCAAACUUGGAUGGUAGAUGGACUUGGGGGACCUGCAUGUUAUGCUGCAGUCGGAGGUCACAUGGUAAGGUCAAAGGUCAUUUUCAGGUCAACGUUAAAGUUUACAUGCAAGACUCUUAUGACACCUAACUCCGCAACAGUAAGUCACUUUUCAACCAAACUUGGAUGGUAGAUGGAUUUGGGGGACCUGCAUGUUAUGCUGCAGUCGGAGGUCACAUGGUAAGGUCAAAGGUCAUUCUGAGGUCAACAUUACAGUUUACGUGCAAGGCUCUUAUGACAAGUUUUAAUCCAUCCCAGUCAUUUCACAAUGAAGUUUCAAUACUAUUCUAUUGCGUGCCCUCGCAAAUCCGAUAUUUCUGGUUAUUUUCAUAAGUGGGCGAGACACAAAAUCGCCUUUGCCUUGUUUUUUCAUAUUUCGAUAGAGUAUAGAUAUGAUUUCAUGCCUCAUUUGACCCUCACUUAUAUCAUGACGUCAUAAAAAUGGCGUCGGAACUCAAAAGUUCAAUUUUGCGUGUGUGUUGUGACGUCAUCAUAAUUAUGCAAAUUUGAAUCCAACUACGUGAAUAUUGGGUCAAUUUUCGCCCAAUUGUGGAUAUGUUGUAGCUUAAGGCUGUGGUGUUAAAACUGACACCAGUUGGUGUUAAUAGAGGACCACAUCUGAGGUGUUAAAAUGGUUACAACUUAAUAGUCCGUGGGUCCUUUUUUUGUAUUAAGAAGUUUUUAUUUGUCAACAACUUCAAUUCAUAAACAAAAUAAAGUACAUUCAUCAAAUAAAAUAUAUCUUUACAAAUUGAUAUAUGAAUACCUUGAAAACUCAUAUAAUUAACACUUUACAUUUGUCUAUUUUUCCUUUAAUGUUACAAUAAAACUUAAUAAACUCAACGUUCUCAAUUUUUUUUCUAGUGUCAAAUAUUCACAACAUAAGAUAUUUUCCAAAUACACAAAAUAAAUCAUUAAUACAACCUAGUCGAAUUGAAGCCAUUAACAUAGAUUUUCCAUAAAAUCUUUUAAAUAAAAUUUCCAUAAUCCGUUAAUCCGGGGGUCCGAUAGUCCACGAUGUGUGUAAAGUUAUGACCAGGAUUUUAUAAAUAUUGCAAUUAUUUAUUAAAGGUAACAAUUUUGCUCACACUUACUGAAGAUUACAACAUAAUAACAUAAUACUAAUAUUAUAAAACAUUCUUGUUUUUUUAAGCAGGUGUUUCUGCAUUUAUUGAUAAUUUCAAUACACGAAUCACAAUAAUCAUAAUGCAUAUAAAAAGUUAAAAAAAUUAUAUAAUUACAAAUUGUGACAAUUACAUAAUAAUAUAAUUAUUUACAUAUAUACACAUGUAAGUAAUAACAAAUAAUCAAAAUGCAGUGGCCAGCUAUCGCAAGCAAAAUGCUUGAGAGAAUAUCAGCCAGGGGAUGGGAGCUACAAUGUACAUGAAAACCAUUAUAGAGAAAAAUCCACAGGUCUAUAAAAAGUGAUGUCACAUAAUAAUUGUUUGAAAUGUUGAGAAAAAUAAAAGGGGGAAAAGGUAUAAAUGGUCACCGUCAGGUGAAUUGAGUGAGUGUGGGUGCACGUGUGGGUGUUUAAUACAUGUCCUACAUAGUGAGAUCAAAUGUCAUCGAGAGGUGAAAUGAUACGAGACCAUGGGGUUCUAUAACAACCCGAAUUCAAUCGUCCUCUAACAACUACUUCAAGGAAAAUAUUAUCCCCAUAUUUUCACCACCGGGGACUGUCACCCCCGGAAAUUUACCCUCUAGAUAAUUAUCCCAGAUAAUUACCCCUUAUACGGAGACUUUAAAAUGCCCCCCCUGCCAAAUUUUGAAAAAUAUGAGAUGAAAAAAAAAAUCUUUGGGGAUUAAACAAAUUAACUUUGGGGAUUUUUGAAGGUUUUGGGGAAAAGCAAUAAAUUUUGCUAAUUUUCUGUAAAAUGACUGUAUUAUACGAUCAUAAAGGUGGAAAAAAUUGAUUUUAAUUUAUCAACCUCUAUGUAUAUGAUCUACUGUAGAUAGUUAACGACUGGCUUAACCCAAUCAGGGUUCCCAGCUUUUCAAGAAACCAAAAAUCCUUGAUUUUUCUCUGAAGAAGUUUAAAAAUUCCCUGAUAAUUAUUUCAACCCAUUCCCAGUUUCUCAUGUUUUCUAAGUUGUUGCAGUGAAUUACAUGUAUUAUUAUUAUUUUUUAUAUACAUGUAGGCCUAUUAUUAUUUUUAAUUAUAUGUACCAGUAGGCCUACUUGCACUGUAGUAAAAGAGGCUACACUAACAAAAAACAACACCAUAACAUGUCAUUCAAUAAAUGUUGUUUUCAUAUACAACAACAUAUAACAGACAAAGUCAAUGCAGUGCAGAUGGCCGAUACGACAGUUUGGUUGACAGUGCGCAUUGAAAUCGCGGUCAGUUAAAACGUCGUAUCGAUCUACAGUACACGUUUCCAAUGGGAUUUGCGCAUUUUAUUAAAACUUUGUAUGGCAUCACCGUGAAAAUCCCCUCAUAUCUCAAAAAAUAAAUUGCUGCCUAGAAAUUUAGUAAUGAAUAGAAUAGGAAUGGUACAUUCAUUUUCUGCAAAAAUCGAUUUUUCGACCAAAAUUGACUGUUACGACGGUUCGGAUGAUCGCGAACGCCGACGAUAUUUCGAUUAUCGAUUAUUUGCGGAUGACUAACAUUUUCAGAAGGAUAAUAAUAGGAAAGUACUUCCGAAAGUCCGUACAGAACAGGGAAACAAUUCAAUUGCAUUUUAGGGAUCUGAAAUGUGGAAUACUCCACCAAAAAACAUCAAACGUAAAACAUCGGUUAAUUCCUUUAAAAAAAAUACUGAAUGAAAAAAAUAGUGCAAUAACUU